AUGGUAGAAAUUGGUAGAGAUUCAGUGAAAUGAUGUAAAACAUGGUUUCAUUUUUCCAAUAAUCAAAAAAUAUCGAAUAUAAUUGUCUAAAACGCUGUCUUCAUUAUAAUAGUUUUAAAUAAAUUAUAAAUUGCAAACAUGGAUGAAUAUUCAAGAGAACCUUGUCCGUGGCGAAUUCUUGACGAUUCGGGCGGUGCCUUUUUAAUGGGUGCGAUUGGAGGAGGCAUAUUUCACUCAAUAAAGGGAUUUAGAAAUGCUCCAACUGGAUUCAGUAGGAAAAUGCUGGGAAGUUUAGCAGCUAUGAAGGAAAGAUCACCCAUUGUGGGUGGCAAUUUUGCAGUGUGGGGCGGCAUGUUCUCAACUAUUGACUGUUCUCUUGUCUACCUGAGACAGAAGGAGGAUCCAUGGAAUUCUAUCAUGAGCGGUGCAUUGACUGGUGGGAUUCUUGCUGCCAGAAAUGGUGUACCAGCAAUGGCAGGCAGUGCAUUAGUAGGAGGUGUCCUUCUGGCCCUGAUUGAAGGAAUAGGAAUCAUGUUCACGAGAAUGACGGCCGAGCAGUACAAACCACAGCAACCCAUUUUUGAAGAUCCUUCAAUUUUAGGCCAAAGCCAAGGACAGGCGCCCAGUUUUCAAUAGGCUUAGUAUUAAGUAAUUAACAGUCAAGAAUAUAACUGGGUAAUAUCGUAACAUUGUUAGCACCCAAUACAAAAGACAGUUUGUAUUUAUAUUCCUGAUUGUUGAGAAUUUGCCUUGUGGCAGUGUGUUUUUUUUCCUAUUUGUAGACAAUUUUAGGUUACACCCCACCCUUUUAUCAUUAUGUUUUGAGUGAAUUAUUUGCAUCUGUGAUAUUUUCAGUUCCAUACUGACUGCUCAUAAUCUCACUUAAUUCUGAAUUUGUUA